CUAUUUUCCCUCCCCUCUCUCUCUUUUUUUGUCUUUUUUUUUUCUUCCUUUUUUGGGUCCUCGUCCUCCUCCUCCUGGAUCGCCUCCUUCCCUCUUCGCUCACUGCUGCACUCUCGUUCCCUCCACCGCCCCAAAACCCUAGCUCUCAUCGCUCGCUUGGGAUCUCGGCUUGCUGGAGUUCCUGAACUCGUUGCGCGUCGGGGCCUGCGAUUCGAGCAGUAUAAAUAUCCUGCCUGUGAUUCUGUAUCCUUUCAACACAACCCUUGCACAGCAACAGAGCAUCCCGAGGUCUGGGUGGCUUCCUCCAUUUGAUUCACACCUUGCAGGACUUCUUGGCUUCUCUGCUCUUGUUGAUGAUGAUAUCAGUGGCUGCGAAUCAUCAUAUAUUGUAGCCUAACUUCAACAGCAAGUGCCAACCACAUCGUGUUUCGUUUUCUGAAAUGGAUCGUCGUGAUACAUCAGGAUUUGUUAGCGGAGGUGGCAAGCAUCCCUUCAGAUAUUUCUAGCUUAGUUAAAUAUUGUUAGGCAUCAGUCCCGGCAGUCACUCUAACUGGUUCUUCUCAAUUAAUAUCUGGUUGACAUAAGAGGUCUUCUGCUUGUAAUAGUAAUGAAUGACAGCAUUCCUAAACCAGGAUUUGCUGCCAACCUCCUCUCUUUACAUGCUUUUGGCUCUUGGAACAAAGUUCGAUCUGGAGCUGAAUCUUGCAUGGAUGUUACAUUACGGCUUGAUUCCCCUGGUACCUCCAGUCUGUAUAGUUCCGACACUGAAGGGACAAAGAGGAAGCGGAGUGAUAUCAAUGGAUUAGAGGGUCCUGAGCACCCUUUACUUGCACUUGGUUUAGGGCGGUCACCGAGUUCCUCGGACAUUAGCAAGGUUAGCUCAACAACUGCUUGCAACAUGUCUUCAGCGAAGGAAACUGAUGAGGAAUCAUCAGCAGAUGUGGCUUUGAAUUUGCAGCUUCAUCUUGGCAAUGAGAAUAUGCCCAGCCCUAAGAAAUCCUCUGUUGCUACUCCUAAGGUAUCGGGAACUGGGGCGGUGUAUGAUCUCCAGCUAAGUCUAUCAACUGGCCCAUCUGAAUCUAUUAUCACUGGUAUCACCCCAGUCUCAAAUCAACUUCGGAGCAGCUUGGACACAUCAGUAGUGAUCAAUCAAGUGCCACCAGUUGAUGAAGGAUCAGCAUCAUCUUGCUGGGUAUUAGGAAGUUAUAUGGCACCGUCCUUACAUACUUUAGAGCCAAGUAGCAGCUUUCCUUCCAAACAAAAGAUUCAUGCUCAAGCUGAUCCAGUUGCAGUUGUCCCAGACCUCACAUCAACCAUUAUACAAACAGUGAACAGCCCAGUUGCCUGUACUUCCGGGGCUACUCAUCCGCAGCAAUGCUACGCUACCACAAAAGCUUGUCAGUUCCAGGGAUGUGGGAAACGAGCGAGAGGUGCUUCUGGAUUAUGCAUAGCCCAUGGUGGGGGACGAAGAUGCCAGACACCUGGCUGUCACAAGGGAGCCGAGGGCAGGACCAUCUUUUGCAAGGCCCAUGGAGGUGGUCGGCGAUGCCAAUACCUUGGCUGCACAAAGAGCGCCGAAGGCCGCACUGAUUAUUGCAUUGCCCAUGGUGGCGGUCGGCGCUGCAGCCAUGAGGGCUGCACCCGAGCUGCUAGGGGAAAAUCUGGUUUAUGCAUCAGACAUGGCGGCGGCAAGAGGUGUCAGAGGGAGAAUUGCACAAGGAGUGCAGAAGGUUACUCUGGCCUCUGCAUCUCCCAUGGAGGUGGAAAGCGCUGUCAAUUUUCAGGAUGUUCGAAGGGCGCACAAGGGAGCACAAUGUUCUGUAAGGCACAUGGUGGUGGAAAGAGGUGCACAUUUUUGGGGUGCACCAAAGGCGCCGAAGGGAGCACUCCUUUCUGUAAGGGACAUGGUGGAGGGAAGCGCUGCUCAUUUCAGGGUGGAGGUGUGUGUCCAAAAAGCGUGCAUGGUGGAACCCAGUUUUGUGUUGCCCAUGGUGGCGGGAAGAGAUGUGCAGUUCCUGGGUGCACAAAGAGUGCCAGAGGGCGAACAGAUUCCUGUGUUCGGCAUGGUGGAGGCAAGCGAUGCAAGCUUGAAGGGUGCGGGAAGAGCGCGCAGGGGAGCACUGAAUUCUGCAAGGCGCAUGGAGGAGGCAAGCGCUGCUCAUGGGGCCAUGUAUGUGACAGGUUCGCUAGGGGCAAGAUUGGUCUCUGCGCUGCAGAUACCGCCCUUGUGCAAGACCAUUGUGUUCAUGGUGGGAGCACACUGGGAUCUUCGGUUACUCACUGCCCAACACUGGUUAAGACUCAGAAAAUGAAAGAUAUCACAGCUGAAGGAGAUGUAUUCUUUCAAAAAGGAGAUGCAUACUCAAGGAUGGGCAAGGAUGGAGAAAGUUUUGUAGGCUGGAGUGGUUCUGAUAUGAAAAAUAUUAUGCCCCAUCUGAUCCCUUGCCAGUCUGGGUCAGGGUCGCUUCCAGAAGGAAGGGUGCGGGGAGGGAGUCUAAUGGCGAUGCUGGCUGGCGGCACAGGCCUCCGAAGCAACUGCACAAGCCAAUUGGUUGGUGGCACCUCCGAGCAGGGUGUGUCGCAUCCCAGGAUGCACAGUGUGUGGUCGGCCUGGGUAAUAUUUGUUCAAAGUGACUCUGCUGCCUGGGAUGGAGGAAGUCAUUACUUCACAUUCAUGAAUUGUACGUGCUUGAACUUUGAUGUGAUCCUAAGGCCCUCUCAUGCAAAAAAUAAAGGGAAAGUUAGGGGAGGAAAACUCCUAGUGUAGACUUGCUAGUUUUUCUUUCUUUCUUUCUUUCUUUUCCCCAGUUACUGUAAAAAUGGAUCUUAUGCGUAUGGAUGUUUAACUUUGUCUGCUUCAUGUUGAGAACAUCUUACUUUCAGUGCUGUGUAUCAUAUAUGGAGUAGAGCUAGAUAGUUAUGAUUCUUAUUUAUUUAAAGUGGUUGUUUUCA